AUGAUUGUGGCAGCGCUUCGAGCGGUGGCACGGUUUAGUGCAGCAAUCGGAGGCGACGGACUGCUCUUCGUCCUGGACAAGGAGUUGGCCCAUGCAACAUGCCAAUCCAUCGCAAUGAUCCACUCUGUGGAGGAGCUCAUGGUUAUCCUGGCUAAUUUCCCGCCGUCGUUUGUGGUCGUGCUCAAAACGGAGCCGACAGAUUCAACGUGGACACAAGUGUGGGAAGCGCUUCAAGCGAACAGUCAUGUGCCCAGUCUCUGGUUGGACACAACCACCACCAGCGAGACAGCAUUGAACGUACUGGCACGCCACUUCCAUCUUCACACACCCGAGGACCUUCCGUUGGAUGUCCAGCAGUUCAUUGUCCGGCCAUUGCAGUCGCCAUUGCUCGUGUGGGGACCAACUGUGGCGGCCGAAGUGAUGCAAUUCAACGACGACGUGGCGUCCGUGCCUCUCCAACUGGCUUUGGUCGUGCUUCGCUUGACUCAAUUCGAUCCCCAAGUGUUUCUGCGCUACUUGCCAGUACUCACCAAGAAACUUCCGCGCCUCACGACCGCUCGCCAUUUUCUGUCGUUGAUGACCGAGCUACAACAAGUACAACUGUGGUCUCCCACUGACCCGUCCAUCGCCGCCUUCUUCAACCAAAUGCCGACGCUGCACCAGCCUACGUCCACGAACGCCAUGCUCUUUCGUAGUGGCCCCCCAAAAGCAAUAGUCCCUGCGACGCUGUCAACCUUGUCCAAAUCUCGUGUGUGGGCCACGCAGCAAGCGUUUUACAAAGCCCAAGGCAUGGCUGCUUGGAGCUCCAACACGGUCCCGUACGGCGUGUCCAGCUCCAUGUUUCUCGCGGCCGCCUACGCCCGCGUGGUCGUUCGCUUUUUCAUCGACUGCUACCGCCAGCACCUCUUGUCUCCCACCGACACGGUCAACUGCGUCGUCCUCGAAGGUGGCAGUGGCUCAUGCAAGUUUGCCGCGGCGUUCAUUCCAGCGGUCAUGGCCCUUCUCGAGGACGCCGGUUUGCAACACGUGAUACGGCCGUGCGUCGUGCUCACCGACCUCUGCGACGACGUUGUCAGCAGCCGGUUGGCCCACCCGUCGUUUCAAUCGCUGCAGCGGCAGUUUCCAAACGCCGUCGACUUUGCCGUCAUGUCAUGCGACGCUGUCAUUCAAGACGACCCGAUUCGACUGCGAGUGGCCAACGCCACCCUCGACCUGUCGACCACUCCGUUGUUUGUCGUGGGCAAUUACUUUUUCGACUCGUUGCCCACCGAUGCGUUUGUGGUUGACGGGGAUGGCGCCGUGUGUGAAGUCUGCACCGACGACGAGAGCGCCGACACUUUCACUCUGUCACACGACGUGGCAGACACAACCCAGUACUACCAAGACAAUGACGACUCCAAGUGUUUGAAUCAAGCGCUCACGGCACUCAUCCAACACAUUCAAGCGGCGUAUCCGCGUCGAAAGUGCCUGCUCCUGUUCCCCGUCGACGCGUUUCGCUUUGUGCUGGCGCUGCGUCGUCGGUCAAGUGCAAAUUCACCGUUUGGCAUGCUUGUGGGUGACGCGACCGUCCAUUUCAGCGACAUUUUGACCGACAUUCCAGAAUUGAGUCCCCAUGCCGAUUGCUUUUGUCUUCCCGUGGACUUUGACGUGAUCAGCCGGUUCUUGGACAUUGCAUUUGCCUCGACGUGCAAAGUGCAAGUGUCGACGACGACCCCCGUCUUCAGCGACACGUUUCAAGUGCUGUAUGCGACGCUGUUUCCUCUCCAGGAAGCUUCGUCUACUUGUUUGACGUGGCAGUGGAGCCACGAGUGCUUUGCAGAAGAACUCACGGGCUUUGGCGCAAACGAUUGCGAUCUCAUUUUGGGGGCGUUAGAAGACAGUCGUGGGUUUUCGACACUGCCGUCGCAAGUGGCGUUUCUGGCCCUGUCCAACUACGAUUUCGACGUGUUCCUUGUCUUCAAGUGGCACAUGGUCGCAGCCGCAAGGCAUCUUUCACCGACUGACCCCCUGCGAUACCGUUUCGUGCACGCUGGUGUCCGAUCGUACAAAAAUAGGUAUUCCCUUACAGUGCAAGAGGACUUGAACCUCCAGUUGAGCAUGGCGAGGUGGUUCUACGCGCUGCAAGCGUUUCAAGAAGCUGCUGGCGUUCUGAAAGCGAUGAUGCCAAGUCAAGACAUUCGUGCGUUGUAUCUCUUGGGGUUGGUGUGUUUGAAAGUGGGCGCCACGGACAAGGCACGGCUGCUCUUCGAGUCCUGUCUCCACCACAAGCCCCGAGCCAAGUUUGUGACUCGGUUGACGACAGCCAUGAUGACCAUUACUACUACCUACUAGUAUUAAUAUAUAGUAACAUUAGUCGUUCAUUUUUCG